UUGCCACGACUAUACACAACACACUCCUUUAACGUUUUGAGUUGAAACUUGAUCAUCCAUACACUAUGUACGGACAAACUUACAACAACGACCCCUAUAGCUUCUCGCCCGACUCGCUAACCAUGUCGGGAUCGCUCACACCGCUACUUCCACCGCAUGCUGCAACCGGUUACUUAACACCAUCACCUACGUACGAGUUGGAUUCUGUUUGUGCAACAAGUAGUGGAGGGUAUGACUCACCAGGUUAUGCUGAAAGCAUGGUGAUUCAAAGGAGUGGAAGUAGUCAUUCAAUUGCUACUCAGUUCCAUAAUAAUGGGACGUUCUUUAAUCAACCUAUUGAGUUAUUAGACUUUGAAAGGAGUAACACAACCAUGAGUAGGGUUUUUAGUGCAGAAGAUUUACAGGGAUCAAAUAUGGUGCACUGUCACUCUCAUCAAUCUGAAAGUCCAAUAUCAAGUGAAAGCAACAGUAUUAUCGAAAGCAUGAACAAGGCUUGUCGAUACUCACCUGAUGAGAAGAAAGAAAGAAUCGAGCGUUACCGAAGCAAAAAAAGUCAGCGUAACUUUACCAAGAAAAUCAAGUAUGUAUGCAGGAAAACAUUGGCAGAUAGUAGACCUCGUAUACGAGGUAGAUUUGCUCGAAACGAAGAAAUCGAGAAGGCAAUGGAACAUCAAUGUACGAGUCAUGGAGACGAACAAGAAGGUUUUGAUGACGAAGAUGAUUAUAUUUUGUUAAACAAUUUAUAUGAUUCAUUCCCACCACAUCUCAUUCCAUAAAUUCUUGAACUCUAGUUUUAAAAUCUUGUUUUCAUAAAAGAAAAGGUCGAAUAAUAGAAAAAAAAUGGUGUGCGGAACCUGGCCUCGUGUGUGCUUUUUAUGAAAUUGUAGCUCCGAAUCUUAUUUGUUUUUUGAUUAGUUUGUUUUGGGAGUUCUAAUCAAUGUAGUUAGUUGGAUUAUG